AUGAGCAGCCCCGACUCCGACGCAAGAGACAAAUUCUACGAGGACCUGCACGCCCUCUUGACGACUGUGUCGAAGGCGAACAAGUUGAUUGUCCUUGGCGACUUCAACGCCCGCGUCGGCACAGACCAUACUGCCUGGAGAGGAGUGCCGGGUCCCCACGGUCUCCGCGGCUCAAACGACAAUGGACUGCUGCUUCUCUGCACCUGUGCAGAACAACGCCUCAUCCUGACGAAUACGUUCUUCUGUCUGCCGGAGCGAGAGAAGGCCACCUGGAGGCAUCCUCGGUCGCGCCAGUGGCACCUGGUGGACUAUGUCCUCGUCCGGAGGCGAGAUCAGUGGGACGUGCUGGUGACGAAGGCGAUCGCGGUUGCUGACGGGUGGACCGACCAUCGCCUCGUCAUCUCGAAGAUGCGUAUUCGCCUACAGCCUCGCAGGAGACCACAAGGUAAGCGACCCCCAGGUAAGCUGAAUACUGCCUUGUUGUCUUUGCCCGCUCACCAUCUUCAUUUCAGCAAUGAACUAACUCAAUAGCUAGACAACCUUCCAAUCGCUGGCGACGCCGCCGCCGCCGCCGAGAACGCCUCCGUGGAGAUCCGCUAGUGUCAACUGCGGGACACGGUCCAGUCGACGGCGCUAGCCGUUCUUGGUCGCGCACGCCGCCAACACCAGGACUGGUUCGACGACAACGACGCCGUCAUCAGCAAUCUGCUCGUCGAGAAGAACCGCCUACACAAAGCCUACGUAGACCACCCCACCGACGACAGCAUUGCUGCUUUCUACCGCAGUUGCUGCCAUUUUCAGCAACGACUGCGCGAGAUGCAGGACGCCUGGACUGCCUGCAAAGCUGAGGAGAUCCAGGGGUACGCAGACCGCAACAAGUGGAAGAACUUCUUCUCCGCGAUCUAA